AUGAAUUACAAAUCUAAUCCUUAUGAACUCAAUAGCAGUUAAUCUUAAAGCGAAGUAUUGGUUUUUGGUUAAAAUUAAGUUUCUUCAACUAAAAAAGUACUGCAUGACAUGUAAAACGAGAAAAAUUGGAACUACAGCAAUAGAGGAUUUGCCCCUUCUGCAAAUCUUCUUAAAUCAACAAAAAAUGAACAAGAUAAAGACAAAAAAAUGAAGCAAACAAACUAGUUUCACCAGAAUUAGAAGAAUAUUUUAAAUAAUGGGGUGCUUUUAUUCAAAAAACAAAUGGAUGAAGUCAGUCAAUAACAAUAAUAGCAAACACAAAAUAGAGGGAGGAAUUUACUCAAUUAGAAAUAGAAUUUGCCUUAUUUUAGCAAGAAGUUUUUGUCUUAAAGCAUAGAUUAAGAAGCGAGUUAAAUAAAUUCUGCAUUAGGGAGCCAAAUUCGAAGAAUUUAUUAAAAAAAUAGAUGCAUAAGCUAACUUUCUUAAUACGAAUUUGAUACAAACAAUAGGUUUGUUUUGGGAUCUUCAAUAGAUAGAAAUAACUAAAAGCAACUACAAAUUUAAUAAUAGCAGUUAAAAAAUGAAUUAUUUGUCUCUAAUAGAGCUUUCAAUCCUUAAAGUACUUCAUCUCAUUAUAAUAAAAGUUAGAGUCCUAAAUUCUAGCAAGCUUAUAGAACGAGCAAAGGACUAUCUCUCUAUUAAAACGAAGAAAUGUAGGGGGAGGAAAAUAAUUUUUUUGGAGAUAUAAGUGUUGAAAUCCCUUCUAAAUAUUAAUAAUUAACUUCUAAAUCUAAUAUAAAUAAUGCAAACAAUACAAAAUACAGAUUUUUAGUACAGUAAAAUUAGACACCUUCAUAAAAUAAAUAGCUCACUAAGUUGACUGAACAAGACUCUUCUCAAUUUACCCUUGUCUCCAUUGAAUAAUUCUAAAACUCAAAUCAAAAAGUUAUAUAAGAUACAUCCAAUCCAUUGAAAUUUCAUGCUUCUAAUCCGUUUGUUUAAAAAAAUUCUAAAAAUAGUAAAAGAUAUGAUGCAAAUAUAAAUAUUAACGAAGGGUUGACUGUUAAAUCUUCUCAUUCUCAGCAUGCUAAAAGCAAGUCCCCUAAUUCUUUUUUACAUCUUCAAAAGGAUCAAAGCUUUUCUCAAUCAAAAAAUUAAAAGCAAGAUUAAGCUUUUACAAAAAUGUAUGAAAAUAGUUAAAAUAAUCUGAUAAAAAGCGAAAUUCCAAUAGAUGAUGGGCUUCACUCAUUAAAGAACCACCUUCAUAACACUUAAUUAAAAAAUAUUAAUAAUGAUUUAUACUUACACAAGAGUAAAUAAAAUAGCCAAAUACAUGGUUCUAUAGAAAUUAUCGACCUAAAAUAAAUAACGAACUAAAAAGAAAUCAGCAAUAUUAUUAGCAAGUAGCAAUUAAAUAAACAAAAUACGAUUUCAUUGUAUAAUAGCUCGAACAAAGCUCUAAGAUCUAACUAGUAAGAAAAUAAUUAAGCCGAGUAAUCCACAAUCAUUUAUAGCACUGAAAACCCUCAAAGAUAAAAAAACGACUAAAGUCUUUCUGAAAAAAAAUAUUAAACUUUAGUUUGUAAAAUGAAAGAAUGUUUUGAAAAAUUUUAAACAAAUUAUAGGCAAAUUAAUAAGCAGGCAGACAAAAAAGCUUUGAAUAAAAAAGAAAUCAGCUCAUAAAAUUUAUAAAAUUGCAAUGAAAUAACAUCGCUUAGUGAGUAUUUAGAAAACUAAGAUAUGAAACAUCUUGGAUUGCAGGAUUCUAAAGACAAAAAGAAGCCCAUUAACAAAAAAUUAUGCAACAUAGGUUUAAAUAUGAUACACCGACUAUUCAUAAAAAAAUACGGAUAAAAUCUACUUACAUAAAUGAAAAUUUAAAAGUAGAUUGAUAAUUAUUCUACCAAACAUGUAAAAAACGGAUUUUGA